GAACGACUGUACCUUAUCAAAAAAAAUAUAUGAACGACGGUAGUCUGUACCUUAAUUAAUGAUACAUAGGUUUUUGUCUUCAAACAAAUCCUCCUCCUAAGAUUAAGUAGAAGAUUAGGAAGAGAAAUGGAAUCAUCAAAGAAAUAUUUGAGGGAAAGGAGAGUGUUAUAAACGCGCUGCUACGGAUAGGGAAAUCGCCGGAAUCGAUAAAACAAGAAUACGAAAGCGAAAAUCGAAAACACAGACACACGAUUUACGUGGUUCACUAACACUAUGUGUGUUAGCUACGUCCACGGGCGAGAGAGAGUCAGUUUCACUAUAUCGAGGAGAUUACAGAUUACAGAGGAGUAUGAGAAUUAUUUAUAGUACUUUUCCAUGUGGAUCUAAACCUAAUCCGAUUCAAGUCGGCUGAUAGUCCGAUUCAAGUCACAUCAACAGAGAGGAAAGCAAGUGGUCGGCUAGAAAUUGUGGGGCGUUGGAGAGAAAUGCUGGAAGCCUGGAAGUUCUAAUUGUGUGAGUGGGAAGGUGUUAAGUGAAGUUGGCCGUUGUUGGUAGUUAAGACUUGAGAGUUGAGAUUGAGACCCAAAAACAGGGCAACGUGUGAGAGACUUGUGAAACGAGGCGAAUAAUUAAUUCCCACAAUUCAAUUCAUCAAUUUGCCACUUUUCUUCCUUCUUCCUCUCUCUCUGGUUACUACUACAUUGAUAGUAUCGAAACUCUGCCUUUGAAAAACACUCCCAGACCCACGACGAGACGGCACAGCUCUGCUCCAAACAAAGACAAAUCCAAAAACUUUACUUCGUCCCAUUGUCCGUCUGUCCAAGAGAACCAUAACCCAGUUGGCGUUUCCUCUCUCUCGCCAACUUCGCCGCUCAUUUCCUCCUUCGAUCUCACCGCCGCAUUUCCCUUACAAAACCCUUUCGAUUCUUCUGAACUCCCUUCUCUGUAUCUCUGCCAUCUCAACUUGGCCGGACUGUUAAUUCAGUUCGGAUCUCGGCUGCUUCUUCAUCCUCUGUUUGCUUGAAGGGAACCUCUUAGCUACCGCUCCCAUGGCGUCGAUCUCCGUUCCUUGCCCCAAAACCACCGUUGCUGCUUCUGCUGCUGCUGGGUUUCCCUCAUCCCAAGCUGCUCCAUUGGAAUCCAACAGAAUUGCCUUCCCUCGUGCUUCCAAGCCAGCUUCUUCUCUCUCCCUUGGAUCCACAUUCUCUGCUUUACAGAGGCCUGGCCGGAGGGAAUCUUUGGUAUCAAAGGUGCAAGCUAAAGUGACUGCCAAGGAAUCGUUGAACAAUACACCUUUGGUGGACACCAAAUCUGAUGAUACCGCCCAAUCCAAUGGGAAAGCAUUGACUACAGAACCCAGAAUUCCAGAUGUGGCAUCGAUUUCAGAAUUCAUGGCCCAAGUUUCACACUUGGUCAAACUUGUGGAUUCGAGAGACAUUGUGGAGUUGAAACUAAAGCAAUUGGACUGCGAGAUAGAGAUAAGGAAAAAGGAGGCUCUCCCACAGCCGCCAGUUCCUGCUGCUUCUCCUUUCAUGAUGAUGCAGUCUCCUUAUCCACAGGCCAUGCCACAACAACCAGCAGCUGCUCCCUCCGCUCCUGCUGCAGCUUCUGCAUCAUCAGUACCUGCCUUGCCUCCUCCAGCUGCAAAGCCUGCUUCAUCUCAUCAUCAAUUGAAGUGUCCUAUGGCUGGCACCUUUUACCGGUCUCCAGCCCCAGGUGAACCGGCAUUUGUCAAGGUGGGAGAUAAGGUACAGAAAGGACAGGUUCUUUGCAUCAUUGAGGCCAUGAAACUGAUGAAUGAAAUCGAGGCUGAUCAGUCUGGAACCAUAACUGAAAUUUUGGUGGAUGAUGGGAAACCAGUUAGUGUUGACCUGCCUUUGUUCGCGAUUGCUCCAUAAGCAACACCGGAAAGAACUUCCAGCUUGGCCUGCAGUAGACAUGCGAGGCAGCCACCGCCGUCCCAUAAACAGAAAAGCAAAAAAAAAAAAAAAGAACACUAUCUUGUUUGAAGCUUGAGAAUUGUAAUGUGCAAUAGAAUAAUCGAAACCUUAUUUCGGGGUUUCUUAUGAAAAGUCGCUGUUGAAACACUUUGGAAACUGAUUUUUAGCUGGUAAUGUAGCAGACGCCUCACAAAAGGGCUUUAUUUGAAGUGUAAGGUGUCCGUUCGUUUCUCCUGUGAAAUUUUUUGUGUAAUAACUAAUAUGUAGACAA